UAAAUGAAAAUUAAUAACAAUAAUAACAACGAUACGUAAAAUUCUUAGGCAUAAAAGAAUUUUAAUCAAUAGAUCAAGCUAGAGGCAGAUGAUUUCAAGAGACAGUUCAAGUUUAUAGAUAAAGAGAAACUUUUCAUGGAACUUCAAAAUUACAAAAUCGAAAACAACAAUCUAAAAGAGGAGAACACCAAGUUACGCACGCGCAUCCAACAGACCGAGGUAAGCCAACCACAUAUGCUCAGAAAGAGCUCCUCAAUUAUGAGAGACUCUGCGAGAACAUGACCGAGUAGACACCCAACAAGAAGAAGGCCAAUGAGUUACUACUCAUCCAACUCAAAAAACAGAACAAGGACCUCCAAUAGUCACUCAAAGAACGUACAGUCUAAGUUGAGCACCUUAAAAAAAACACCAAAGUCACCAAAUUUCAAGAGUUAGAGUGUGAUCGCAAGGCCUAUUUUGAUGAAACCGUGCGUAUGCGUAAACUUAUAGAAGAGAGUUAAUCAUAAUUCCAAUCUAUGUUGAGGUACAUCAUCCUUAUCCCCUAAUUUAUAGUAAAUACAAUCAAAGUCUUCAACUUGAAAGUGAAGUUUAGAAACUACUCAAAACAAAUGAAAAUCUGAUUGCUGAAAACAAAGCACUCAAUCAAAAGA